GGAAAACUCCAGGAUCCUGAGGGAAAGAGGAAGUUCUGCUGGAAACGUCCUGUAAAGAGGCUCUGAUGUCCGGACAGCGGGAGGGAGAGCCCCGGCAUGAGGAGCAGGUUCCUGUGAUAUAGGAUUGUCCGAUGACAUCAUCAGUACCAGAUAAUGGAUGGAGACGGGGACAAGAUGGCGGAGAGGAUAUUAGAUCUUACCCUAGAGAUACUCUUCCUGCUUACUGGAGAGGAUUACUCCACGGUGAAGAAGACGUCUAGUAAUCUGAUACAUGAGAAGAACAAUGAGAAGAUCCUAGAAGUCGUCCACAAGAUGAUGGAGCUGCUGACUGGAGAGGUUCCUAUAAGGUGUCAGGAUGUCGCUGUCUAUUUCUCCAUGGAGGAGUGGGAGUAUUUAGAAGGACACAAGGGUCUGUACAAGGAGGUCAAGAUGGAGGAGGACCAGCCCCUCACAUCUCCAGAGAGAUCCAGUCAGAGGACAACACCAGAGAGAUGUCCGCGUCCUCUCCUUCCACAGGACGGUCAGAGUGAGAAGACGGGCUUUACUUUCGUGGACUUUCCCAGAAAACCUGUAAUGAGGGAUUCUUUGGAAUGUAAGUCCCUAUGGAUACCAGCAAAAAGGGGCGAGGUGCUCAGGAAUAGAAUAUGGGCCUAGCAUGCUCAUUUCCUCCUUUUCCUUUUAUUCCGGCCGUCUUGAAGAAUAUAUGGUUAAAAGCAACCAGUGUCAUUCAAAUUACUUAAUUCUGUCCAAAGCACAGCUGGUUCCUGAUCCUGAAGUAUUUAUUUCUGGAAGACCCAGAACCUCUUUAUCUAAGUUAAAAUAUUGUUCUUCUCCAGGGCCCUCUUCUGUAUCGAAAGGUCCAGA